AUGGCAGGGAAGCACCGCAUAAGUCGCCAGUACUAUGAGGAACCGCGAGGAUUUCGUGAUGGUCCUCCUCCUCGACUUGCACGAGAAAGGUCUAUCUCACCACGUCGCUUCGAGGGAGAGCUGUCUAGCCGCCGUGAUGAGAUACGCAGAAUCCGUGAUGACAACCAACAUCUGGUGGAUGAAAUUGUUGGACUCAGGCAAGCAAUGUCCCAUUUGAAAGAAGAUCUCUAUUCCUCGAGUCAGGCUAUACCUAAGCUCCGCGCAGAGAAAGAACUUGAAUCGAGGGAGCUGACUCAGAGGAAUCUGAAGCUGGAAGCUGAGCUACGCUCUUUAGAACCUCAUAGGCAAGAUGCCUUGCAGCUACGAUCUGAAGUAGGCACGCUGCAGUCUUUGAGGCAAGAGUUGACUGAAAAGGUGCAGGGUCUAACAAAGGAGGUUGAGCAUCAGAACUCUGAAAAGCAGCGCAUAUCUGCCAUGGUAGCUGAAUGA